AUGGCUGGAUUCAACACAACACAAACCCCCAAAGCUCAGGCCACAAAGCCAGCACCGGCGCGGAGAUUCGUGGGCGUAAGGCAGCGGCCGUCAGGGAGAUGGGUGGCCGAGAUCAAGGACUCGUCCCAGCGAGUCCGCCUCUGGCUCGGCACCUACGACACCCCUGAGGAGGCCGCACGCGCCCUCCGCGGGGAGAAUGCCCGCACCAACUUCGCCCCAACGUGCCCCACGCCCAUCUCCAUAAACGGAACAGAUCAAUCCAACGGCCUCAGCUUCUCCUCAUUAAAGGCGAAGCUGAGCAAGAAUCUCCAAAGCAUAUUGGCCCGAAACACAGACAACAAAUCCUCCUCAUCAUCAAAGAGCAGAGUGAGCGACCACUUCACCUUUGCCAGCAUCUUCCAUCACCACCAAUACAGCCACGUCGACAUCAAGAAGAUCGAGAAGGCCGUGCAGCAGAGCGUCAUCGUGCCAAGUGUCUGCCACGAUGCGCCCCCUUCCCAGCUCAACUCGGAUGAAAUCAUGAGUGGCGGCGGAGAAGGUUCUAGAAGCAAAAGAUUCAAGGUUUCGUCGUCUGUUUUAGUGCCGUCAACGUUUACGGAAUCUCCGGCGCCCAAUGAAUGGUGGUGA